AUGGACGCGUCACCACCUCCACUAGACCGCACACCCUCCGCGCAUAGCAGGCAUACAACUGCUGCAGCCUGGUGUUUUGAGCGACAGUUUGACGGUCAAGAACUGCGCCCACCAGUCAGGAUCGUGGUUUUUGACUGUGAUGAGACACUUACGCUAUCUACCUUUCUUCCCGAUGAUGUCGCACUCCGAACGCAAUUGGACUGGACAUCACAGUGGGAGGACUAUAUCGCUACAGUGAACUUCGAGUCUCCUUUCACAAGCCCAGGCCGGCUGAGUCAGCUGCGAGAGAUGCUCGAAGACUUGCGAAGAGGCACACACAAGCUCCCCGGUCGAAUGUUGGCCGUGCUGACCAGGAACAAUAAUGGACCAAUUGCCUGCCUAAACCUGCUGAGGGCGGCCAAGCUGGCACAAUUUUUCGAUGCGAUUUGGUGUAUGUCCCAACUGCCCGGCAUUCCUACUGGCAUCUAUAGAGCUGAGACAGAGUGGUUGAGCUUUGAACCGCCGCUCUUCUCACUCCCGGACCACAAGGCACACGUUGUGCACAGCGUCGCGGAGCAGCCGGCUGCCUGGUUUCCGCAGAUCGCCAACGCCAAGUUGCACAUCCUACCUGAUUCUCUGAGGCCAGAGGAGAUUCUGCUCGUCGAUGACGUACGCACAAACUUCCAAUGUGGAGGCAGCAACCCGAAGAAGGUCUACCGCUGCUGCAAGGUCGCACGGUAUGACGCGCCAAACUUUCGGGAUAUGGGCCUUGUGCGGGACAUGGGCGGUCUUGGCGCCCACAAUGAGGAGGACUACAAAACAUUGGCAGACUUUGCCAAGCGGCCUUGGGCAUACAAAGUUGACUGGCGAGUGCAUUGCAUCGAAAAGCCGUUUGAGGGUGCGGAGCUGCAACCUCCAGUGAAGCUCAUCAUUUUUGAUUUCGACAGUGCCCUGACGCUUUACACGUUCAUGCCCGAGGACCCGCGAUGCAGCAAGGAACUGGGAUACUCUGCGCCAGAUUCUCUCAAAGCCCGGUAUGUUGAGUACAACUUUGAGACGCCGUAUCUGGAAGGGAGCAGAGUCGAGCAGCUGGGGACGCUUUUGAAAUUAUUGGCGCAUGAUGCAGAAACAGAUGAGAGGCGGGUGCUCGCAGUUCUCACCGUCAAUGAGGCUGGAGCUAUUGCCGUCCUCAACCUCUUGAUGAUGGCAGACCUGGCCAAUCACUUUAGCGCUAUAUGGACUUUGUCCACUCGCAUCGGAGAACCAGGUGGUGUUUACAGGCAUGGCAGCCAAUGGAAAACGAACAUAUUGCCGCAGCCAUGUCGAAAGCUUGCAGUAACCGCUGAGGUGUUGGAAAGUCUUCUUGCACAUCCGUCGGGAUGGUUCCCGCAGAUCUCCGAAGGAUCUGGCGAAGUGAUGGAAGAAAAGCUUCUGUCCGGGCUGAGUCUGGCAAAUAUUGUCUUGGUUGAUGAUGCUCGUACACCUUCGCCGUUUCUCCAAGAUGAGGAGUACGAUGCAUUGCGCCACUGCAGGGUUGCAAGCUAUGACGAUGAGUACCGCGACCAGGGCCUCCUGUGGCACAUGGGGGGCAUUGGGGCGCGAAGUUCGGAGGACUACGGCACAUUGCUGUCUUUUGUGCGAUCGCCUUGGAACCAUGCCGGUCAGCUAACGCAGAUGACUUCCAGACCGAGCUUCGGGUUUGGAGCAAUGGACACGCCGCGGGAGGACAACCCAAUUCCCCUGCAGCGCUCCAAGACUGAGCAGGAUCUAGCGCAACGCCUGCCUCAAGCUUGCAAGAAACGAGAGGCUGAAGCUGCAGGCUUGAGUGAUGAGAUGGCGGAUUCCGUGGUGAGGUCAUCCACCACCGACUAG